CAGGGACCAAGGGGAAAGGAAAAGAGGCGAGGAGGUGGAUGAUGGUCUCAAGGCCGUGCGAACAUCCUGAUGUGCCGCCGACGCAGAAUUAUAUCAGGGGGCAGUAUGAGAGUGUGGAGUUUAUUAGAGAGAUUCCGGUGUAUGAUGAGGAGGACGGAGAGGGUGCCGGUGGUGAGGCUGGGAAGGAAGUGGAUGGGCAAGAGGUGCAGGAAGUGCAGAGAAAACUGAAUCCCGUGGAAUGGGUGAUGGUCACGAGAAGUGAUCCCGGAGGCAAUAUCCCUCGAUGGAUGGUGGAAAAGGGCACCCCCAAGAGUAUCUGUCAGGAUGCCAUCAAGUUCUUGAACUGGGCAUGUCGGGAUGAAGGCCAUAAGAAGCGUGCGCAUCGCAAGUCGGGGACUGCAGGUCAUCAGCAUCAGCAUCAGCAUCAACAUGACCCUGGCGCUGAGGCUUCGGCGGAAGACGACGAGGGUAGUGUCUCUGAGGAUUCCAGUGAGUCGGACUACUAUUCGGACACUGAAGUUGAGCACCACGGCCUCAUUGCCAGUUUCGCAUACCUGGUCAAUGCAGGUCUGGAGCGGUAUGCUCCGCAGGCCGUUCUCGACUAUCUCCCCCACGGUCAUUCGCGACAGUCGUCGACAGUCAGUACUGCCCAGGAAAAUGGCUAUCCGACAGACGACAAGGAAGACCCGCAGACCGAGCCAACACCCCCCACAACAACCACUACUACCGCCAAGCCCACCGAGCCAGAGUUCAACGAUGCAGCCUCGCAAGGGAAAGCCUCCGUCGCCUUCUCCGCCAAUUCGGCUUUCGACUCCGCCGUCGAAGCCCCUCCCAAUGUCUCCGCCAUCGAACAGAUGACGCUCAACAAGAAGGGAAAACUCUCAUCCCACGAGAAGCAACUGGCCAAGCUGGCGGAGCGCAAACGCAACGUCGAGGCGCAGCUGGACCGCGUUCGCUCGGAGAUCCAGGCCCUGCAUGUCGAAUCCACACCCGCUUCGCCCCCACAAACCGCCACAGCUGAGGGCGGGGGCGGCAGCAGCAGCAGCAACAAGCGAGACAAGGCAUCAGCAGCAGCGCUGGCCGCGGCUGGCGACGUAGGCAGCGAGCAACUCAGCAGCAGUCCGGGCAGCAGCGUGCACCGGGGGGUGGCGUCCAGCGGUGGCAACAAUCACCACCACAACCGUCAUGAGGCCGCGCGUGCGCACAAGGUGGCGUCCGGCUUGUUCAAUGAGGAGUCGAAGCUGCUGAAGCAGCUGGGCAAGAUCGAAAAGGACCAGGUGAAGGAGGCGUCGAAGAUCGAGGCGCGGCAACAAAAGCACGCCGAGAAGCAGGAGAAGUCGCGGGCCCGGGGCGAGGCGGAUGCGCUCCGGCGAGAGGUCGAGCUGCUGAAGAAGGAGGUCGAUCGGCUGCGGUCGGAGCGCAAGCAGUGGUUGGAUCUGAUCGGGUCGCUGCAGGCGGAGAAUACGAGGUUGGCGGCGCAGCAGGAUCCAGGGGCUGCCAAUGCCGCUGCUGCUGGUGGUGCUUCGACGACCAAGUUGAACGAGGAGAAGAAGUAGUUGCCGUGGUAGAUGAUUCGUAGAGAGGUGAAGAAGAUCGAGUGGCUACUAGGUAGUUUAGAUGGGUUGAGUAGGUCUUGUACAGUACAUUAUGUUGAGUUUUGAUUGGUGAGAUACAUUCCGGAGUACAGCGCAAGCACAUGCAGUGGGAUCUGAUUUGAGUGUGAUGAUAACUAUUAUAAGCUUUAUUGAGUAAUGAGAAAAUCGCGCUGCA